UCUGGCAUUGUCCUUCUGUCCCUCCAAAACCCAAAUGUCCCUUAUUCUCUCCGGCUGUCGCUUCAGCACCGUUCCAGUUGCCAUUGGUUUUGGGCGAAGCAGGUUAUUCGGGAGCAUGUCCAAACCCAAAACAAGAUUCUCUUCCAACCCCCUCCAAUCCAAAACUGAAAUUCGCGCUUCAGAGCCAAUCCCAGGUUCUGAAUCUUCCAAUGGCGGUUCUGUAACAGAACUUCGUGUUUUUGUGAGGAAAAAGAGAGUGAAAAGGACUGUAGAAGUUCAAGAAGAGGAGCAUGAAGCCGAACCUCAUGACGGCAAACUAUGUGGCCUACCUGACAUUGAAGAAUUUGCAUACAAAAGAGCGAAUGGAUCUUUUCAGUCAAGGAAGUCAACUCCCGCCUCAGACAUGCUUCCAGUGGAAACUGAAGUUGCUUCUUCAAUCAGACCUAGAGGUAAACCACCUCCCAACUGGGAAAAAGUCCUUGAAGGGAUUCGCAAAAUUAGGUCUGCUGAGGAUGCACCAGUAGACACGAUGGGCUGUGAGAAAGCUGGCAAUUCUCUUCCUCCUAAGGAGAGAAGAUUUGCUGUCUUAGUAUCUUCGCUUUUGUCAAGUCAAACCAAGGAUAAUGUUACUCAUGGAGCAAUUCAGCGUCUGCUUCAAAAUGGUCUGCUUACUGCUGAUGCCAUUGACAAAGCCGAUGAAGCAACUAUCAAAAGCUUGAUUUACCCUGUUGGAUUUUAUACAAGAAAAGCUACUAACUUGAAGAAAAUUGCAAAAAUUUGUCUCAUGAAGUUUGAUGGAGACAUUCCUAGCUCAUUGGAGGAACUACUCUUACUUCCAGGGAUAGGCCCUAAGAUGGCUCAUUUGGUUAUGAAUGUUGGAUGGAAUAAUGUUCAAGGGAUUUGUGUAGAUACUCAUGUGCACCGCAUUUGUAAUAGGCUUGGAUGGGUGUCAAGGCCAGGCACAAAACAGAAAACUUCAACACCUGAGGAAACAAGAAAGGUGUUGCAACUAUGGCUUCCGAAGGAAGAAUGGGUUCCAAUUAACCCUCUUUUGGUAGGAUUUGGACAGACGGUUUGUACUCCCCUCAGACCCAACUGUGGAAUAUGCAGUGUAAGUGAGUUCUGCCCAUCUGCCUUCAAGGAGACCUCGAGCCCAUCAUCAUCAUCAUCAUCCAGGUCAAAAAAGCUUUGAUCACUUUGAUUCUCAUCUUCCCCCACUUUUGUGGACAUUGCAAUCCUCUAAAGGCUUCUUUUUUUUUGAGUAUCAUAGAUAUUAGAUAGACAGAGACCGUUGAUGUAAUUUAGGAGGAAGAUGGUUCGCCUUUGUAUAUUGCGAAAGGGAAUGGGGGAAAUGCAGAUUUGUAUACUCUUACCGAUGGUUAUGUCCUAGCGCAGCGGAAGUAAAGAGUCUUCAGACAAAAUAAUUUUUAACAAAAAGGUCAUUUGAUUUGAUUGAAGUGGGAAUACCUCUUUGGGGAUUU